AUGGCGCCAAAGUCCACCAAGACCAGCACGAGCUGGAACCACGAGUACAACACGUUGCGCCGCGAGAAUCUCUUCCGCAACCCUCCGACGGAUCACACUGCCUACCCGCUCCUGCAGGAGGCCGUCAACCCCCAUAUCGAGUCCUUCGAUGCUCUGUUCGGACCCAAUGGUCUCAUCGCCCACAGCCUCGUGGACAUUGGCACCAAGACCUUCCUUGAUGCCAACGAUCCGUCGGCCCCGAGCUCCCGAAACAAGCUGACUGUGCGCUACAAGAGCGUGCACGUCACCAAGUCGCAGCUGCCUCCGAGCAACAAGUUCGCUGUCAAGAACAGGGACAUUCUUCCGGCCGAGUGCCGCGAGCGGCAUGUGUCAUAUCGAGGCAAGCUUUCCGCCACCUUCGAGUACAGGAUAAAUGGUGGGGACCCGAAAGAGUUCACUCGCGAGCUCGGCCAGUUGCCCAUCAUGGUCAAGUCGAGCCACUGCCACCUCAAGGACAACAGCCCUGCGCAGCUCGUGGCUCGGAAGGAAGAGUCGGAAGAGCUCGGCGGCUACUUCAUCGUCAACGGCAUCGAGAAGAUCAUCCGUCUUCUCUUGGUCAACCGCAGAAACUUCCCCAUGGCCAUCAACCGUCCCAGUUUCGCCAACAGAGGACCAUCUUACACACCCUACGGUAUCAUCUUCAGAUCAGUCCGGCCGGACGAAACUUCUCAGACCAACGUGCUCCACUAUCUCAACGACGGAAACGUGACUUUCCGAUUCUCGUGGAGGAAGAACGAAUACCUCGUCCCUGUCAUCAUGAUUCUCAAGGCCCUGGUCGAGACCAACGACCGAGAAAUCUUUGAGGGACUUGUUGGCGCCCCUAACUCCAAGGGCAUCGAGAACACCUUCCUGACGGAUCGGGUGGAGCUCCUGCUUCGCACGUACAAGACCUAUGGACUUUACUCGAUGAAACAGACCAGGGCGUACCUUGGCGAGAAGUUCAGACCGGUCCUCGGUGUUCCAGAGACUCUGUCGAACUACGAAGUGGGCACGGAAUUCCUGCGGAAGAUUGUCCUGGUCCAUCUCGGCAACAUUGAUGUCACGGAUGAGCAGAACUCCGACAAGUUCCGGAUGAUUCUGCUCAUGAUCAGGAAGCUGUACGCCCUUGCGGCUGGCGACUGCGCGAUAGACAACCCCGACGCCGUACAGAAUCAGGAGAUCCUGCUUGGUGGCUUCUUGUACGGCCAGAUCUUGAAGGAGCGCCUAGACGACCUCUUGUCCAGCGGCCUCCGCCUUGCGCUCAGAGAGUAUCAGAGAAGGUCCGGCAAGACAUUUACGUCCGAGGAGUUUGUCAAGGACUUCCCGCUCAAGCUGUUUGCAAAGACCAACGAGAACAUCGGAAACGCGCUCGAGUACUUCCUAUCAACAGGAAACUUGUCCAGUCCUACUGGCUUGGACCUGCAGCAAGUCUCUGGUUUCACCGUCGUAGCCGAGAAGCUCAACUUUCUCAGGUUUAUCAGCCAUUUCCGCAUGGUCCACAGAGGCAGCUUCUUCGCUCAGCUCAAGACCACAACUGUCAGAAAGCUGUUGCCAGAGUCGUGGGGCUUCCUGUGCCCUGUCCACACUCCCGAUGGUUCGCCUUGCGGUCUUCUGAACCAUUUCGCUCACAAGUGCAAGAUCACCACCAAAGCUCUUGACGUCUCGGCAAUCCCCAAACUGGCGGCUGAGCUGGGAGUUGUCGACACAUCCUCUGCUGCUACGGACGAGAGCGUCGUUGUCAUGCUGAACGGCCGGAUUCUGGGCUGGUGUAAGCCCGCGGAAUCUCGCCGAAUCGCCGACACGUUCCGGUUCUGGAAAGUGGAAGGCACGCAUGGCAUUCCUGUGCAGCUGGAGAUUGGAUACGUACCCGCUUCUCGAGGUGGCUCGUAUCCAGGCAUCUUCAUGUCUUCCGAGCCCUCGCGCAUGCUUCGUCCGACCAAGUACCUGCCUCUUGAGAAGGAGGAUUUCGUAGGCCCUCUAGAACAGCCGUACAUGUCCAUUGCGGUGACGGAGCAGGAAGUAACUUCUGGCGAGUCGACGCAUGUCGAGUUUGAUCCCACCAACAUGCUCUCCAUCUUGGCGAACAUGACGCCGUUCUCAGACUUCAACCAGUCGCCACGAAACAUGUACCAGUGUCAAAUGGGUAAACAAACUAUGGGCACCCCUGCAACUGCUCUGGCGCACCGGACAGACAACAAGAUGUACCGGCUGCAGACGGGCCAGACUCCUGUCGUGCGCUCUCCUCUGCACAACGCUUACGGUUUCGACAACUUCCCCAACGGCGCCAACGCCGUUGUCGCUGUCAUUUCCUACACCGGCUACGACAUGGACGACGCCAUGAUUCUCAACAAGUCUGCUCACGAAAGAGGUUUUGGUCAUGGCACGAUCUACAAGACGAAGAAGAUCUCGCUCAAGGACGAGAGUCGCACCAAAUCAGUCAAGUCCAUCUCCAAAAUGUUUGGUCCUGCCCCCGGCAGCGUUGUCAAGGCCUGGACACAGACAAUGAUUGAUGAUGAUGGGCUCCCCUACGUGGGACGAAUGGUGCAAGAAGGCGACAUCAUCUACGCGUGGCACACCGUGUCCCAGGAUUUUAGUGGCAACCUGGUCAACCGGGACGGCGUCACCCACUACGAGAGAUACAAGGACUCGGAACAAGCAUUCAUCGACGAGGUCAGACUGAUUGGUAGCGAGCAAGGAAACGAGCCUCUGCAGACGAUUUCGAUCAAGUUCAGAGUCCCUCGGUCACCCAUCAUUGGUGACAAGUUUUCUUCUCGUCACGGUCAGAAGGGUGUCUGCUCCCAGAAGUGGCCGGCGAUCGACAUGCCGUUCUCCGAGUCUGGUAUCCAGCCUGAUGUCAUCAUCAACCCUCACGCUUUCCCGUCGCGCAUGACCAUUGGCAUGUUCGUCGAGUCUCUGGCCGGAAAGGCUGGUGCCCUCCAUGGUCUGGCUCAAGAUUCCACGCCGUUCAAGUUUGACGAGGAAAACCCCGCUGCCGACUACUUUGGCCAUCAGCUGAAGAUGGCUGGCUACAACUACUACGGCAAUGAGCCCAUGUAUUCUGGUAUCACUGGUGAGGAGCUGGCUGCAGACAUCUACAUUGGUGUGGUCUACUAUCAGCGCCUGCGUCACAUGGUCAACGACAAGUAUCAGGUUCGUACGACCGGUCCCGUGGUACCGACUACGGGCCAGCCAAUCAAGGGUCGUAAGCGUGGUGGUGGUAUCCGUGUUGGUGAGAUGGAGCGUGAUGCCCUUCUGGCCCACGGAACCGCAUUCCUCUUGCAAGAUCGCCUGAUGAACUGCUCGGAUUACACGAGAUCGUGGAUCUGCCGCACCUGUGGCUCCUUCCUCUCUAUACAGCCUACCGUCUCUCCCUUUGGAGGCAAAAAGAAGACCGUGGGCAGCGUCCGCUGUCGCAACUGUGCCACACGGCUGGACGAUGUCGAGGAUACAGAGCUUGUGAAGGUGCAGGGCGAGGUAUGGGAGGACGGUCAGGGCACUCAGUGGAUUGGCGGUGAGGACACCACGAUGGUUGCGGUUCCUGGCGCGCUCAAGUACCUUGAUGUCGAGCUUGCUGCCAUGGGCAUCAAGCUCAAAUACAAGGUUGACCCCAAGGACGUCCCGCGCCGUGGAAAGCUGCUGCCGGGCAGCUGGGACGGCCAGAACAUGACGCGGCCCUUGGUGGCAGCUUGA